AUGGACACUAGCUCUUCAACAAGCGUUGAACAGUUUCAUAAUAUAGAAUUAAACGAAGAAGGAAGAAUAGUAGCUGAGCCGGAAUCUAUGCUCGCUGACAUUCCUUACGGGUCUCCGCCGCCUUCCGGUGGGCAUACUGGAAUCAUUGCGAGUCCUGUACCUUCUUAUAUGUCGCAUUUACCAUCAAAGUUAAAAUCAUUUUUUCGAUUGAAUAAUGGUAGCAGCAGUUCGAAGAAAGAGGGAUCUUUGGGCUCAAUGAAUGGUGGCCUUAAUUCUGUUCAUGAGAUUGGUUCAUCGACAUCAUUGAAUAGCACGAUUACUAAUGGGAGUGCUUAUGAAAAGAACAUAGGCGUCAAUGGUCAUAAUAAUAAAUUAAAUGGGACAUUGUUUAAAUCCAAUGAGAAAUCUAAAACAUUAGGGCCUUCUUGGUUAGGAAAUAAUCAGACAUUACGUAGAGUAGCAUCAGCACCAAAUACUAAAUUACCUAAUGAGAAAUCAGAGCCAAUAUCAGAGUUUAAACGCUCUGGGACAUUUAGACGUACUUAUUCGUCAAAUUCUAUUAAAGUUAAAAGUGUGGAAGUUGGACCGAACAGUUUUCAAAAGGAAAUACUGGCAACAUCCAAUCAUCCUUUUAUUGUAACAUUGUAUCAUUCGUUUCAAAGCGAAGAGUAUUUGUACCUUUGUAUGGAAUAUUGCAUGGGAGGCGAAUUUUUUCGAGCCUUACAAACACGACCUGGAAAAUGCCUUGCAGAGGAGGAUGCGAAAUUUUAUGCGGCAGAAGUCAUUGCAGCAUUAGAAUAUUUACAUCUGAUGGGAUUUAUUUAUCGGGAUCUAAAACCAGAAAACAUAUUAUUACAUCAAUCGGGACAUAUUAUGCUUUCAGAUUUUGACCUGUCAAAACAAUCACAUCCUGCAAACAUGCCAGGCAUAGUUAAAAAUAGUUCAGGGAAUGCGCCGCCAUCCAUAGACACCAAAUCAUGUAUAGCUAAUUUGCGUACUAAUUCUUUUGUGGGAACAGAAGAAUAUAUCGCUCCAGAAGUGAUAAAGGGAUGUGGUCAUACGAGUGCUGUUGAUUGGUGGACACUUGGGAUCUUAAUAUACGAGAUGCUGUAUGGAAUCACUCCAUUCAAAGGACAGAGUCGUAAUGCAACUUUUUCAAAUAUAUUGAGAAAUGAUGUAUAUUUUCCGGAACCAGCAGGAUCCGUGCCAGUGUCAAAUCUAUGCAAAAGCUUAAUUCGUAAACUACUGUGUAAAGACGAGAACCGACGGCUAGGUUCAAAAGCUGGUGCUUCAGACGUGAAAGCCCAUCCAUUCUUCAAGAGUACACAAUGGGCGUUACUACGGCACACCACGCCGCCAAUCAUUCCCCAACAAAGUUACGGCACUGAUGCCGUGAAUUUUAGAAAUAUUCAAGAGAGUAUUAGUCUUGAUAUGGAGGGUGAGACGGUGAUGAUGGAAAAAAAUGGCGAGAAUCCGUUUGAGGAAUUUAAUAGUGUAACAUUACAUCAUGAUGGAGAUGAUGAGUCAGACCUCUCUACAGUCACACCCUAUAUAAUAUAG